AUGACUAGUGACAUACUUAAAGUGAAAGACAGCAUAUCUGUUGAAUCACAAAUAGUUCCAACCACUCCUGUAAUCAUCACAGAACGGAAGGAUGAAUGCAAGAUAGCCCGACCCACUCCUGUAACCACAAAAGAGCAAGAAGAUGAAUCCAAGACAGUUUCGCCAACCACCAGCAUACGAACCUCUUUAAACUUUGGUGGCUCCCUAGAUCGUGCCGUGACAUCUAGGGCGGCCGUAACUCAUCGAGAAUUCGAAAUCGCGGAGAUGUCGCCGACAGAUCGCGCUUUAGUUGAACGAUUUAGACAGAAGAAGCAUAUUCCUCGACCAAAAGUUCUUCCACAUGCGUCACUUCCUUCUCCUCCAAUAACUCCAACGGCACCGGCCAGUCAACUUCCCGUGCCAAAACAGGCAGAAUUUAUGCGUUUCCCUACGCCACCACGUAUACCUCUGCAGACAGCUCGACAAUCGUCGCCAGGCGCUGCUGAAAUUUGCUUGAAAAGGGUGUACCGCACAGUAAAGCAGCUAUCAACAAAGGAGCAUUUCUUGGAGUUUCCGACUUUGAAAAAAGUGGAUCACACACCAAAACCUCCAUUGAAACUUAGGCGAUCUCAAACAUGGGCUCCAAGUUGGAGAAGAAGGUAA